AUGCACAUCAAUGGUUUGGUAAAUGUAGUCACUCCAUCAUGGUGGUCUCAUUUAUGGGUAAGGGAGGGGUUGGCGAUAUUCUUCGAAGAUUAUAUUCUCAAUCAGAUUUUCAAGGAGUGGCGAAUAAUGGAAUACUUUGUUGUUAAUAUUCAGCAAAGGAGUCUUCACGAUGAUAUUAAUAUGUGUAUUAGUCCAAUUACAUCAGAAAUCAAUAGACCCGAAGAAAUUGAAUCAGAUUUCGUUUCCAUCAAUUAUUACAAGGCACCUGCUAUACUGCGCAUGUUACAACAUACACUUACCGAUGAGGUAUUUCGAAAUGGUCUUAUUAAAUAUUUACACACGCAUCCGUUCAGUUCGGCUACUUCCGACGAUUUAUGGAACGCUUUGCAAGCAGUGCUAGAUAAAUCAGAUGUCCCGCAUAAUGCUUAUAGAUUGAAAGAGGUAAUGGAUACUUGGAUAAAACAAUCGGAUUUCCCUGUAGUACAUGUAACCCGAAAAAAAGAUACCAAUGAGAUAAUAUUAACACAAGAACAUUUUGUUCUGAAAAAUAAAAGUAAGAAUGAUAACAAAUGGUGGAUACCUUUGACUUUUGCUACGCAAACAAAUCCUGAUUUUUCUAAUACCUUACCCACUCAUUGGCUAAAACCGCAAGAUCGAAAUAUAACGAUUGAUGGAAUUGAUCAAAAUGAUUGGAUUAUUGUGAAUUUACAACAAACGGGAUAUUAUCGUGUUAAUUACGAUUCUUCCAUUUGGCAAAAAAUUGUGGAUUAUCUUAAAUCUGACGACUAUACGAAAAUCCAUGUACUCAAUCGUGCUCAAAUCAUCGAUGACGCCUGUCAUUUUAUGAUGAAAAAUCAACUUGAUAUCAUGAUGUUUUUAAAUCUAAUAGGCUAUCUAUCACAGGAAACAGAGUAUAUACCAUGGCAUUCUAUGUUUGAAAUAUUAAGUCUUACAGAAGAUAUUUACAAUAUUCCAGAAAAUGAACAUCUCAAAUCAUACAUGCUUAAAAUUUUGGAUGGACUUAUUAAGAACAUAGGAUAUGAAGAAGAUCCUUUCGAUAAUGACUUUACGAAAUUUCUGAGAACCAAAGCUUUAAAAUGGGCAUGUACUUUGGGUCAUUCCGAAUGCAAGAGAAUGGCCACUGUUAAUCUGAAUGAACAUCUCUCAGAUCCUAAAACACACAAAGUUCCGGUAAAUUUAAAAGAAUGGACAUAUUGUAAUGGCUUGAUGGAAGCAAAUGUUUCUAUUUGGAAUAAGUUAUACAAUAUAUAUAUAAAUAAACUAAAUGAAGAGAUUUUGAAGUACUUAGCUUGCUCUGAAAAUACUGACAAUAUAAUUAAUGUCUUGGACAUAUUCAUAUCGAACAGUUCAAGACUACAAAAUGGAUAUAUAAUUUAUUUUUCUAUUAUCAGACAACACGCUAAAAAUAAUGUAAUAGUCGAUUAUAUAUUAACAAAUUUUAAAAAAAUACUUCCAAGAAAGUUCGAUACAAGUUAUUUUAUAUUAACUUAUAUAAUUAACAAUGUGUAUUCUAUAGACAAACUUGACGAGAUAAGCGAAUUUGUAAGAAAUGAAUUUGAAGAGAAAGUAUUCAAAGAUGUUCAAGACAAAAUAAUAGAACGCAUGGGACGGUUAGAAACAUUUGCCUCAUUUCUACCACCUAAUAUAAAAGAGAAAUUAAAAUUAUUAAAUAAUUAUAAUUAAUCAUAACAAUUGCAACACGUAUAUUUAUGUAUAUGUUUAUUGAUUUCUGAUAUUAAUUUUAAAACUUGUUAGAAAUUUUCCGUUUUCUGUUUUUUUGAAAAUAAGAUAUUAUUAUAAGAUAUUGUUUUACACACAUUCUUUACAUUAAUAUCUCUCUAACUUUAUUCUUCAUAAUUUUAUUCUUUUUAUUCAAAUAUAAUAAUUAUAUUUUACGUUACACAUAGAAUAUAGAUCCGUCUCUAUAUAUUAAUAUGUUGUGGUCGAGACGGUCUAGAAUCAUGUUAGGUACCGUCGUAAGGUUUUGGGAGGUUUCGGGUGCUGGAUGUAGUCGCAGGGAUUAGUUUAGAAUUUUGGGUUCUUUGUAAUUUCAAUAGUUUUUAUUUGCCUCAAAUAUACAGUUUUUAACACAA